GACGCCUGCCUGUCAGUCUACUUUCACUUUGCGCAGAUAUCGUCUCCAGCUACAGCUUUCCACAUCAAAACUACAACUAAACGCAACAUAAAAUUUAAAUUUAAAGCCGCGUUUGAUGGGCUGUGAAGGCAGAGGGUUAAACUGCGUCGGUUCAGCCUUCUUGUUUAAAACACUCAAUAAGAAAACGAACCGUUAACAACACGGUUAACGUUAGCUAACUCCGAAGCAACAAUGUUCUGACAUCUAACUUAACGUUAAAGUAAGCUAGUUGUUACCGGUCGACUCUGACCCCACGGACAGCGGAGGUCUCUAGCAGCCGUUGUCCAGCGGCUCCAGGAGACCUCACACUAUGGAGCGGACUGCACUCAAACAGAGCCAGCUGUGUGGCUCCUGGGAGAUGAAGGACAGACUUGGGACAGGAGGCUUUGGGCAUGUCUACCUGUACCAGCACCUUGAGUUGGGAGAGAAGAUAGCUGUGAAACUUUGCCGCCUGGAGCUGAACUCCAAGAAUAAAGACCGCUGGAGCAGAGAGAUUCAGAUCAUGAAGAAGCUGAAACAUGUGAACAUUGUUCAGGCCAGAGAAGUUCCAGAAGAGCUGAGCUCAAUUGCUUUAAAUGACUUACCUCUGCUGGCCAUGGAGUACUGCUCAAGAGGAGACCUACGCAAGGUGUUGAAUAAACCGGAAAAUUGUUGUGGACUAAAGGAGAGUGAAAUCCUCUUGCUGCUCAGUGACAUUGGUUCUGGUAUCCAGUAUCUCCAUGAAAAUAAGAUAAUCCACAGAGAUUUAAAACCAGAGAACAUAGUUCUGCAGGAUGUUGAUGGGAAGCUAGUCCAUAAAAUCAUAGAUCUGGGUUAUGCAAAAGACCUAGAUCAGGGCAGUCUCUGCACAUCCUUUGUUGGAACGCUCCAGUAUUUGGCUCCAGAGCUCUUUGAAAGUAAACGUUACACUGUAACUGUGGACUACUGGAGCUUUGGCACAGUGCUCUUUGAAUGCACUUGUGGCUUUCGCCCCUUUUUACACCACAUGCAGCCCGUACAGUGGACAAGUAAAGUCAAGAACAAAGGUCCCAAAGACAUCAUGGCAGUAGAAGACAUGAAUGGAGAAAUCCGAUUCUCCACACAUCUCCCAUAUCCCAACAAUCUCAGCAGGCCACUGCUGGAACCAAUUGAGUCUCUUCUACAGAUGCUGUUACAGUGGGAACCCACGGAACGUGGUGGAGGGCUGGAUCCUGACACAAACAAGCUGUGCUGCUACACAGUUCUACAGAAUCUUCUCGACAUGAAGGUGAUUCAUGUGUUGGACAUGACGUCAGCACAGCUGCACUCGUUGGUUUUGGGUGCUGAGGAGAGCUUACACUCCCUGCAGCUUCGUCUGGAGACACACACUCAGUCACACAUCUCCCCGCUGAGUCAAGAGCUGCUGCUUGAGACGGGAAUCUCCCUCGACCCACGCAGACUUCCCGCACACUGUCUGCCAGAUGGAUUGCGAGGCUGGGACACCUCCAUCGUCUUCCUGUUUGAUAAGAGCCUGGCCAAGUACUCUGGGCCACUGACUGCCAGACCUCUGCCAGACAGUGUCAACUUUAUAGUGAGGGAGACUAAAACACAGCUCCCACUGUCUGCACUGAGAAAGGUGUGGGGCGAAGCAGUCAGCUACAUCUGUGGACUGAAAGAGGACUACAUUCGCCUCUACCAGGGGCAGAGGGCUGCCAUGCUGAGUCUGCUUCGCUACAACACCAACUUGACACGGUACAAGAACAUGCUGUUCUCCCACUCGCAGCAGCUCCAAGCCAAGCUGGCUUUUUUUAAGACCAGUAUCCAGUACGACCUUGAGCGAUACACCAAGCAGAGAAACACCGGCGUCUCUUCUGAAAAGUUGCUGAAGACCUGGCAGGAAAAUGAAGAGAAGGCUGAUGGGUAUACGAAGGUUGCAGAUUUGGGGUAUCUGGAUGAAGAGAUAGUGGCUCUACAUUCUGAGAUCGUGGAGUUGCAGAGGAGUCCAUUUGCAAGGAGACAGGAGGAUGUAAUGCAACAGCUUGAGAACAAGGCUAUUGAACUCUACAAGCAACUGAAAGCUAAAUGCAAAAGUCAUGACCCUCCACAUGGCUACAGUGACAGCUCAGACAUGGUGAAGACCAUUCUCCAAACAGUUCAGAACCAGGACAGAGUGCUGAAAGACAUGUACACUCACCUGAGUACAAUUCUGGUGUGUAAGCGGCGCAUCCUUGAUUUGUUCCCUAAGUUGGAAAAGGCUGUAAAAAACAUAAAAACUGCAGAGGCAGCAGUUAUUCAGAUGCAAACGAAGAGACAGAAAGAGUUCUGGUACCUCCUCAAGAUUGCCUGUGCCCAGAGAAAUGCUUCAUCACCGUCACUUAUGCAGCAACCCACUGACAGUAAAACUGUUCAUCAGUUACUGGAUGAGAAUGAGCUUUAUCUGAGUCAGCUAACUUCUCUGCUGCAAGACGCCAAUCAGGAGAUGGAGCACAGUGUCAUGGAGCAGGACUGGAGCUGGACUCGGUACGGAGUUGUGACAACCCGACCUCAGAAGCUGUAGAAACUGACCAAAGACUUGAUGUUACGAGUCAAAGUUAUAGACUGUAUACAAGUGCCUUAUCAGAGUUAUUCUAUCUGAAAGCUUUGUGAUUCCAUACUAUGUAUUUUACAUACAUUUUAAUGCUGCAAGACAAAGUGUGAAACAGCAUGAUGCAGUACGCUUUUCAUAUUUUAACUUAGCUUUUAAAUUUCAAUAAUAUAUUUCCAGCUGUAACCAAGACUUAUUUAUUUUAUUUACUAUUAGAGUCAAUAUUGCUGCUGACAACUUUUGUGUGAUGGAAUGUGAAUAAAUGUUAUAAAUGUAUGGCA